UGUCUGCAGUGUGUGUGUGUGUGUGCGUGCAGACAAACCAUUCAGCGCAUUCCAUCCAUUCAACACGUUGACUCAAUCGUCAACACAUCAGUGUCUUCUAAUGUCUGUCUGUCGGUGAGUGUGGCGGCACACUGGGUCAGGCAGAAGGCUGGCUUUCCGCCCUCUGAGCACAGGACGGCGGGACAUCCAGCUUUCCGGGCUGGUAGGGAGGCGCGAUUGGCCUCGCUAAGGCUGACAGACAGACAGACAGACACAAACAUGCAGACCGUAGCCACUUGGCGCUGCUGCCAUCAACCACACUGACCUCUCACUCACACGGACCUUGCAACCAACCAUCCACCCACCCACCCACCCACCCAUCCACUCACUCACACACAUAUGCACUCUCUCUCACACACACACACCGACAGACCAAAAAGAGAUAGAGAGAAGGACAGAGACGGGCAAAGCUAUAUCAACAGACGCGUCGAGACAAGCAAAUCCAGGUGAGUCUUCACACCACCACACUCGCAUUCAUCCCACACCUCUCCCCUCUCACGUCACACGCUGGUCUCUCCCGCAAACGCCUGCUGCAGCUGCUCUCGUUUCUCCUGUUCCUCCAGCAUCACCUCCUCACGCAGAGCCGUACGCACGCUCUUGCGAAGGUACGACUGGUAGAAGUAAACGGCGAUGGCGACAAUGACCACCAGCAUGAGCAGGACCAGCGUCACGAGCAGGAUCAGCGUCACGGGACCCGCACCCACACCCUUGUUGUUCGUCACCUUGGACAGAGAGCCCUCCAUCUCUCUGUGGAUGCACCCAUCCAGAGGCGGGCGUGUGAAUGGUCUCUCUCCCUCUCUCACCUCUCUCUCUCUGCCUGUGUGUGUGUGUGUGUUCUGUGUCCUCACUUGAGUAGUGUUUUGCAUGGUGCCGGUGGCUCGAUGAAGCUCGAGCACACUGCCUUGGUCACCAAGUUGCGCUCAAGCAUGCCGCUAAACCUGAAGCAACACAGAAUCAACACCCACCGAUCGGCUGCGUCCUUUCCUCUCCUGUCCGCCUUCUCACCUCCAUCCGUUGAUUCUGAUUGCCAGCACGCUCCACGCCAUGUUUUCCUUCUCCUCCUCCAGCAGCUUCAGCCCAUCCGGCCCGUCAACGCAGGUCUCGAACUCGUGCAUCUUCUUGGGAAUCAGCCCCCGCAGGAUGCGCAAGGAGCACUUCUCGCCGAAUCGGUACUCGUCUGGGCUGACGCCCUUGGGCGGUCUGGCCGCGGCUUUGUCGACGAUGGGGCACUCCUUGGCGAACCGGUCGAUGUAUUCCCAGAAGGCCUUGGAGUAGCGGCUGUCCUUGAUGCCGUCGACAUUCUCCUCGGCCGUCACGGAGAACAGACACAGCUGCCGGAGGUCCUCGAGCACCACAUCGUGACCUGUGAUGUCCCCGGGGCCGUCAGGGUCGUCGGCACAGAACUUGGCUGUCUCCUUGUCCUUGCACAGGUCGUAAAAGUCGAUAGGCCGAGAGAAAAUGUGGUAGUGAGGCGAGAAGCGCAAAUGGCCUUUAAGGGUCUCGGCGUCCUUGGAGUAGUCCGCCAGGAAUCGGGUGCCCUGCUCGUUGGCGGCGUCGGUCCAGAAGUCCACGGCCACCACAUCCUUCUGGAGGAUGCUCCACGUCAGCUCGGCAAACACCGCCUGGUCGUACUUGUCCCCCCCGGCCUCCUCGGCACGCACCACAGCGUCGAUCAGCCGCUGCCCGUCGGCAUGGGUGAGGAGAAUCGACGGGAUCUUGAUGUGCUUGCCCCAGCUAUCGUCCGCCAUGAUGAUGUGCUUGAUGUCCUCGCGUGUGAGAGUUGAGUUCUUCGAGUCGACCACAAUGACAGCAUCGGCGCCCUUGUCCUCCGCCACUUCCACCUUGGUCACGAAAGAACCUUUGAUAAGAUGACGCAUUGACACAUUGGUACACGAAUGGAACCGUGCGUGUGUAUGCUUACACUCGCCGCGGUCGACCAGCACGAUGCGCAGCAGCUUGGGGCCUCCAUCCAUGUCCCAGGGUUCAGCCGCAACCAGGUUGUAGUCGGGCAUACAGUGGCUCGUGGCCGAGUGGCUGUACAGCAGCUGGCCCAGCACCACCUUGCCGUCGAAGGGAGCGCCGAACGUGGCUGUCGUCCCUGGAAUGACGCCAUUCUCCACGCCAGUCGCUCGGAUCUCCUCAACCAGGUCCUUCGGCGACAGCACGCGCACCUGUGCCGUGAUGCACGAGACGUGCAAGGCUGUCACAAGCAAUGCUCUCGCGCAGACGUGCCGCAUGAUGAUGAAGUCGAUGCGAACAGCUGGUUUGUUGCGUGUGCGGCUCCUGAAGCAGCCCGCGUUUCACGAUGCGCCUCCUCAAGGUUGACUCCCG